AGGCAGAGGAGGUAGAGAGAGAGAGAAACUGCUACCUACCGGGACCGCAUCCGCCUCAUCUCCGCACCGAGCGCCUUCUGUUUUUCCCGACAUGCUUCUAAACCACAGGUGAAUCCAUCCCCCGCGCGCUCCACUUCGCCAACACCCCCACAUCCUGCAAAACCUCACUUUAAAGCGCACUUCGGCCACUUUACCGUCUGCUUUUGUCGGAGCCAUGUCGCGGAAGAAGGCAGUGAAGGGGAAAGGAACCGCCGCCGCCAAGAGCCCCAAAGCGUCACCGAGCAGCGGGAGAGCGGCGCGGGGUCUGUCCGUGGCAGGAUCUCCGUCCUCUGGAGUGGUGUACCCGAGCAGACCGUCCAUCAGCAACAGCGGGGAGUUUUAUGACAUCUCCUUUAAGGUGAUGCUGGUGGGGGACUCCGGUGUGGGCAAGACAUGUUUACUGGUUCGCUUCAAAGAUGGAGCUUUUCUUGCCGGGAGCUUUAUCUCCACUGUGGGCAUCGACUUCAGGAAUAAAGUCCUGACCAUCGAUGCAGUAAAGGUCAAGCUGCAGAUUUGGGACACUGCAGGACAGGAGCGAUUCCGGAGUGUCACCCAUGCUUACUACCGAGAUGCACAUGCUCUCCUACUGCUGUACGAUGUCACCAACAAAAGAUCUUUCGACAACAUCCGGGCCUGGCUGACAGAAAUUCAUGAGUACGCCCAGCAAGAUGUGGUGGUCAUGCUGCUGGGGAACAAGGCUGAUUCAUCACACAACCGAGCCGUGAAGCGAGAGGAUGGUGAGAGACUGGCCAAGGAGUUUGGAGUGCCCUUCAUGGAGACGAGUGCUAAAUCUGGGCUCAAUGUGGAGCUGGCCUUCACUGCUGUGGCCAGGGAGCUGAAGCACAGGACCAUGAAGGAGCCUGACGAGCCCAAGUUCCAGCUGCAGCAGUACGUGGACCGGGAGAUGAGGACGGUGGGCUGCUGCCGCUCAUAGGCCCCUCCCACACCACUCACCUGUCUGUAUAUACUACAGUGUGUGUGUGUGUGGGGGGGUGUGUGUGUGUGUGUGUGUGUGUGUGUGUGUGUGGGUGUGUGUGUGUGUGUGUGUGUGUGAGAGAGAGAGAGAGAGAGAGAGAGAGAGAGAGAGAGAGAGAGAGAGAGAGAGAGAGAGAGGUCAUACACAGUGCAAAAUUAACCUGGCUAAACUAUGAUACUCACUAUAAAAUGAAAAACGGUGUUUCAAAAAGCAGUAGAAGAGGUCCAGGAAAUAUAUACACUAGUACACUAGGGAUGCACCAAUACCAUUUUUUCCCAAACUGAUAUACAUAAGUACUUUCUCUUGAGUAUUCGCUGAUACUGAGUACUGAUACCAGGCAUUUAAUAUAGUAGUAAAGCUAAUUAAUUUCAUAGGAUUUUAAUAAUACAGCCUACUUUUCCACUUUAGAAUUAUUAUUUGCAGGACUGUUUUAAAUUUCACCAUAGUUAAGAUAGAUAUAAUUCCAACAUUAUUUAGAAGUACCUUGUUUGUAUGCCUUUAUUUCACUAUCAUUGUUUAUGUUUACUAUAAUUAUUCAGUGUUUUAUGUUAUGUUUUAUGCAUCUUAUAGCCAAAGUGAAUCUUGUUCCCUGACAAUGGCAAUAAAGCUCAUUCUGAUUUACUAUUCAUGCUCCACGCUAGCUGCUAAGGAGACACUUUUACCAAACGCUAGGAGUGAUGUCGGGCACUUUGGCCAAUACGGACAUGUUAUUGACCUUAUUCUGCCCACCCACUUUUGCUGUAAAUUAGACUAAACUGCACUUUCUUUGCGGUGGCACUUCUGGUUAAGUGAGAAUCUCAUUUAUUUCAAUGGAGAAUUUGGGGAAAGUUGCGCUGCUAAAAUAUGAUAUAAAGUAGGUUGAUUUGUGUCAAAUAUUCAAUGUUUAUGUGCAACAACAUCUCAACAAUGCACCGAUUCUCUGGGAGGCUUUAAAACGGCUCUGUAGUCUGUAUAGAAUUUAUUUGAUGUUAAGCUCAGCAGCCCCAUGCAAAAUAAUACAACCUGAAUGACAAAACUUUUUUUUUCUGUUUUUCAGUUACAAUUGGUCACAAUGGACUUAGCAUGGUUAGCUUGGUAUAAUCGUAAACAUUAAUAACACUGCACUGAUAUCACUGGUGAACUAUGAAAACAUUUAGUCCUUAAUGUUUCUCAUUGUUCCUGUGAUAGUCACGUCUGAUGUGGUGAUGUAGUCAGAGAGCUGAGCUUAAUGUGCACAGCAGUAAAUGUACACUCUUUAUGGUCCCGCUGAGAGACAAGCCCUGGUUGAGCACCAAUACACAACAUGGUUCAAUGGUAUCGAUUCUCUGUAUCAAGACACAUCUAGUAUCGAAUUGAUACCUAAUACUGGUAUUGGUGCAUCCCUAAUCUACACAUACUGUUGGUGUAAUCCCUCAGCAGUCCAGGUGGGAUCCAUAGCAAAAAAAAAGGUUGAAAUCAAAUCAACUGGACAGAGUUUUAAGAAAUAACAGCAUAUGAACACUUUCAUUUAGGCAUCACAUAUUAAUUGGUAAUAAAGUCACAAUUGGUAUGUUAGGUAAUUAUUAGGCGUUAGGUAGUGUUUAUAAAGUAUUUAUUAAUACAUAUAAAGGUAAGAUAAUGUCCAAUGACAUUCAUAUGAUACCACGGCCAGUGAUAAAGAGUAUUCAAAUUGUUCAUAUGCCUACUACUACUAGCUGGCUAUUAAUAUGUGGUCCCUAAACUAAAGUGUUGCCAACAAUUUUGCUCAUACACACUGUAUAUGACAGAAGCUUCUGCAGCCUGGUAGAAACAGGGCACUGUUGUCUUAUUUAUUUCAAACCCACCUUUCUUCUGCAAAUGUGAAUGUAAUGUGAGUAUACAUGCCUGUGCAUACAAGAGCAUGUCCACACAGCUGUAUGUGACAUUUGUGAAUGGCCUGCACAGCUUUGAUUUCUAUUCUGUCCUGUACAGAGUUAACUCCCAUACUGAUUUUGUGCUCUUUGUCCUAUUAAAGUGUCAUAUAAUGUUAUUUAUGGUAAGUAUCGGACACAUUUGUACAGAGAGAAUACUGCACCUAAUCUGUGCGCUGUUGAAGGCACACAGUCAUGUUUAUAAAUAUACAUUUAACUCUAAUUGUGAUUAUGAUAUUACAUUAAUGCGUCUAUGAAGUAUAAUAUAGUGUCCUUUUAUACUCUAUACUGUGUGUUCGAACAAUAUUAGUUUGACUUAAAGGUGCAUUAUGUAACAUCUGGUGGAUGGUCACCACCUCCAUUGCCUAUGAUCCAGAAUACACAUUUCUUCUAUACUUGUAAAGAUGUGAGUAUGGUGACCGGUUGAAUCUCCCGAUGUCCAGAUGGGUGUGAUUGACAGGUGAAUUGGCCAAUCACAGACAUGUAUGGUCUGUCUGUAUCAAACCAAUGGCUGUUAUGUGGAAGAAAGAAAGAGAGAAACAAAUCACAGGGAACUGAAAUACGUUGCAGAUUUCUGCAGAAUCAAUGAGCAAAGCACUAAACUCUGUUAAUCUGAGAGAAAAGUAAUUUUGUUCAAAAUGAUGGGUGACCAAUGAGCUGCUUUGUUUCACAUGCAUCACUGAAAUAAACAAAUCUGAUUGGACGAUGUUUGGUUCUGGCUUGAGAAGGAGGGAGUGAUGACCAUAUUAAUAUCCCUCAUCAUUCUGGAUUUACCAGGCAACCACCAUGGAGAUGUUAUUUCUUUGCCUGUUCCACAUUAUUGCAUUAAACAUAUCUCAGUGGAGACAAGAGGGGACACCACCAACCCAAGUCAUAUCUAUGGAGAGGUAAUCUUGCUCUUACUAAGGAUGCAUGUUGUUUUGGCAAUAAAACACCUGCAAUCGAAUAAAUCCUACAGAUGAAUUAAAUGACAUACAGUGGAACAUUUCACGCAAACCAAUAACUACUGCACGGAGUCGAGCAGAUGGCUGACCUUCAACGAAAAAAGUUACAUAGUGCACAAAUUUGAUCUGCAGCACCAAAUAAAGGCCACGGUUGUUCAAUGUGUUUAGAGGUCUGUUCUGUUAUGCUGUGUCACAAAGCAAAAACUUAACUCAAUUCCACGUGGGAGAAAGGACUACAUGCAGCACAACUUUAUAUUUCCACAAAAGCAGUUGUUUGCAAAAGCCAUUGAAGCCCGGAGAGGACUAUUCAUUUUGUAUUUCAACAUGUUUUUACACACACAAGUUACACUGUUCCCUAUUCUCCUGAAAUAUUUUUUAACAACAAAGCAGAUAUGCAAGUAGUUGUCAUUUUAAAAUCUAAUGUAGAAUGCAGACGUGGUAUUUUGUGUAAAUUGUGGAAUUCCUAUUUGUUUAGACUUGUAGAUGCCUUUAGUAAUCAUUACACACAACUAACUGUGCUGUAAUACAUUUCUGCAGAUUUUAAAGUGGAACUAAACACAGAAAAACAUGUUUUUCUACUAAAAUGCGUACAUUGUGUUUUAAUAGCCCCCUCUCUCUCUCACCUCCAGGCACUGCCCCAGUUUAACUCUUUUUGAAAUGUGAUUGUGGGUGGAGUUUAGGUGUUUAGUCCCACUUUAAAGGAAGUGGGUGCAGGAAAAUAGCAGGAAAAAAAAGUAAAUUACUUUUUACUUUACUACAAAACGUUAACAAUGUGUUUUAAAUGUUACUUAUUUCUAAUACCAAAUUACUUUACAUAGAUUUUGAAUGUAUUGCACACAAAGGUUAUUUGAUGUUAAUGUAUUUUUCAAUCACCUCCUGUUUUCGUAUUGAAGUCUUAAAACUGUCUGCUGUAUUACGUAUUGCAUCUUAUAAACUAUUUGCAAUGUAUCUGCUAUCUGUUCUCAAUAAGAAUCUAAAAUGG